AUGAACACCCUCCUGAUAUCUCUCACAACAUUCCUCGUGCUGGCUUUACAUGCCCAGGCUGCUAUAACAGGUCAACAGUAUUGUAAUAGGUACAUGUGUGUAACUGGACAGCAUGACAGCGACAAAAAUCUUGAUACUUAUACACUUCAACCGCCUAUUGGGACGAAUAUCCCUGUGAGCCAAUUUGGCUGGAUUGCGAUUGGAUUUGGCAAUACUAUGAUCAAUACACCUAUGGUCAUAGCCUGGCCCAACUCUGAUGGCUCGAUCACUCUCUCGCAGCGGAAAACGAGCAAUCACGUUACUCCUAUUGUCGAUUCGAACCCACCUCGGAAAGCUACCCUUCUGAGCUCCUCAUCAUUCUCCAACUCCUCCACUACAUCUAUAACCUUCACUGUCCCUUCCAACUCCAGUGCCACCAACUCUACCAAUCUCAUAUGGGCUUAUGGGAACAAGAAUCCAGGCAGUUCGUCAUCUUCUACGUCUAGUCUGGCUCAACAUCUAGCAAGUGGGAAUACGCAAAUAUCAUUGUUGGCCAAUUCUCUGCCUAAUACAACGACGACGAGUGGUAAUGGAACCACGUCGGUAUCUGCAGGAGGAAGUACAGGUGGUAGUUCUAAGCAAGUCUUGAUAGCUCAUGUAGCUUGUGGAGGGAUAGCCACGAUGGCGAUAUUGCCGAUAGGUAUAUUGGUACCGAGAAUAUCGAGAGGUUUGACCAUGCACGGAUGGUGGUUCCCUGUGCAUGGAGCUUUGAAUGGUCUGAUAGCUUUCGGAUUGAUCGUAGCUGCUUUUGGUAUCGCCAGGGCAAAUUUCACUGGAGGGUUCAAUUCGACUCAUAGGAAACUUGGCUUGACCCUCUUCAUCUUAUCGAUCAUCCAGACUCUACUGGGUAUAUUAACACAUUGGUGGCAACCCAAACAUCGCUUGCAAACCAAAAGCGGUAGAGGUCCGGUUAAUUUAUUGCAUAUGAUAUUGGGCUUGGUCGUAGUGGGUAUAGGAUUUGGUACGGUUUGGUGGGGCCUAGACGAAGAAUGGGAAAGAUGGUCAGGAAGUGGGAAACCCAAUGUAGGAUGGAAAGUCGGAUGGGGCUUGGUAGUCGGUAUCACUGCUCUGGCCUACUUAGGCGGCUUCUACUUCUUACCCCGACAACUGAGGAUGGAGAAAGAAAGACGUCAAUGGGCAUCCAACGUAUCGAAUGGGAAUGGACAUCCAACAAGCAAGUUCGUGCCGACUACAAGCAAUAAUAGCUCGUUGCCACCGCCACCACCGCCAACACAUACUCGUCCACUUCAACCACCACAAUCUGUGGUCAUUACCAAUACGAAUACUAGUACGGGAUACGUACCUCCUCCGCCACCUAGGAGGUUACCACCUCGUAUAUAA